UUUGAGGUUUGGAGGAAGACUCAAUUUAAGUGACAAGACACACUUGGAAAAGUACGAGUAAAUUCAGGAUUCAACAUAUUUUUACAAAAUGAGCUUUUUUGUAGAGUAACUUAGUUACCUGUCAAUGGUUACGGAACUUUUCACACCCUGUUUUCUUUGGUUGACAAUGUUUCGAUAACUAUGAAAAAUAGAGUAGGUAAUUUACCAAUGCCUGGGCAAGUUGUCUAAUAACAUUAACAGUCUUCUUCUUCUAUUGUACUUAUAACUACGGGUUGUAAAUAACCAUUAAGGUAAAAGCUUAUUGUGGCUAACGUAGAGAAAGAAAGAAAAAUGUAAUGAAAACAUUUAAUACAAAAAAGCAAUUAAUCAAGUUAGAAGUUGAAGUUAGAAGUUUCUAAACUGUCUUACAAUGUAUUUUAUUAAAUAGGUCAAAUGGGUGUUAAAUUUUGUGAAAAUUUAAUCCAGCUCAUUCAAACCCGCGGGCGAUUGCUGAGUAUUUAAUCCAUAAUAAGUAAGCUUGUGUUUGUUUUCUAAGCUUAUAAAUAAAACAACGAAGCAAUACACUUAGUAUGGCAAUGAGUAUUUUGAAAAGCAACUUAAUUAUCGUAAUGCGUUUGAUAAAUAGAUACUGGAUUAAAAGUAGUUUAUAUAUCGAUAGGUUUACAGUUUCGACUUAACUGUGGUAGAGCUGACAAUUGCUCAUGUGAACAUAUUAAAUAUAAUACUUCGCAUAUCAAUUUGCUGAAAACUGUCAAAAUGGAAGCAACGCGCCUUUCUCGUCAACCUUCAACUGAAGAGGCUGAGGUAACUGAUAAAAAGAAUAACAAAAUCAUAGAACUUGCUAACACCAUUCGACUUGCUAUGCGUAUUGAGUACGGAUUUGGAAUAUUCAGGUUUCGCCAACACGAUAAUCAAUUGGCCCCAAUCAACAAGAAAGUGAAAAUAUUUUGCAUAGUAUUGAUGAUUACCGUCGUCGUAUUGUUUUCGGUAUUCAAUAUAAUACCAUCGGACGUGGCCACGGGCUAUUUAGUGAAGAUUGAUAAAGUGCCGUCCAUAGUGAUAUUGAUCCAAUAUGUCAUUUCUGCAAUCAGGACGUCGCUAUUUUUUAACGAAGGAAACAUCCGCAUCAUAUCAACCCUCGCAGACCUCGAUUCUAAAUUGCACAUAAAUACCAACCAAGAUUUCUACAGAAAGUCCAAAAGGGUUACCCUUAAAAUCGUGAUCAUACUUCAUCUCGUACAUUUUAUUGUCAGUAUAAGUGACCUGUUUGCCGAUAAUUCUAAUUUUAGAAUGAAAAUAGGUAAACUUGUCAUAUUACCUAUUUAUCUGGAGCAGUCUCUUGAAAUAAGCGUCUUCUGUUUGAUGGUUAUGAUGUUGACGCGUAGACUCAGCAUCAUUAAUAAUUACUUGUUGAAGUUCAUUAACGAAAAAGACACUAACAAAGCUUCGGUAUUUAUCGUGAAAGAAAAAAAGGAGGUCCCGGAGGAGUUCAACUUGAUCGGCCGCUCGUCGUCCGAUAAUACGAAGAUAAGAGACUUGGCAGCGGCCUACGACAUUAUUGGCGAAACCUGUGCCCUUGUCAACGAGGUUUUUAAUUUCCAGAUAUUUAUGACUCUAGUUGCUACUUUCACUUACGUCGUCAUCACAAUUUGGACUGGUUUGGAUUAUUACCGUAGUUCUUCAGGAGAGAACACAGGCGAGCUGGCCACAAUCAUCAUUUGGUGUUUCACAGAAUUCUGCUUAAUUGCAUUUAUGUCAAUGACUUGUGAGAAGUUACUCCUGGCAAGAACUGAGACAAAGGUGUUGAUAAAUAAGAUCAUCAUGGACUACGAUUUGCCAAAGACCAUGAGGGUUCAAGCGAAAGCUUUUAUGGAGUUAAUUGAAGCAUGGCCGUUGCGAAUUUUUAUUUACGACAUGUUUUCAGUUGAUAUCACGUUAAUGCUUAAAUACAUAAGCGUGUCCACUACAUAUUUGAUUGUAAUAAUACAAAUCUCGCAUUUUAUUUAGGUUGAAGAUUCAAAAAAUAUUAG